AUGAGCUGUGCGCCGGCGAAGCGUCCUCCGGUGCACCGAACCUAUGCCUUCAAACAAGAAGCCCUACAAGCGUGGGACGAGCUCAAAGGUGGAGGGACAACGCUUGUCCAUUACUGCCGGGCAAGGAAGAUCCCGGUGUCCACGUUUGAGAAAUGGCUGAUCAAGAAGGACGAAAUCGCUUCCGUGUGUACAGCCGACGUGAACAAGCACGUGCUGUCCCUCCAAACUAACAAGUCGAGGAAAACGUCGAAGAAGCGCAAGAAACUGUGCGUUGACAGCAGACACCAAGAAUUGCACGAAUGGCUGGUAGCUGCACCAAAGCCUUUGUACACUGGUGCUAUGCGGGACAAAGUGCGGGCGUUGUGGCCCGAAUGGAGUGACGAGGACCACCCCGAGUGUAAGACCCCCCAUUUCCUCGCGAAGUGGUGUCGCCGAGUCGCCGUCCGGUUCGACCACACUGCCGGCUCCACUGCCAGCUCCAGGGAAGCGAGUCAGGCAUCGUCCGGUGAUGAUGGUGAUUUUUGGGAAGACGAAGGAAGUCAGACACAGCCAGGUGACGACGGAGACUUUUGGGUCGGCGUAGCAAUACCGGACGGGGAAAUUCCGGCAGCGAAACGACAAUGGCUCUGCCCCGAAACCAUGGUGCACACAGGAACAACUGGGGGCCAUGCGUACGUGCGGCAGCCCCAUCGAAAGCGUAUCAUGCACCCCAUAGCCAACGACGACAUCGCUCAGGGUGAUUUUCGUGACGACUACCACUUUGACGCAUUGCUGGCGCGCGACAGCUUUUCCGCUCCCUCUUCUUCAUGUGACCGUGUUGUCGCAAGGGCCACUGCAACCAGGCAAACCCGAAGUGUCCCUCCGAUUUCUCAGGAAUCGUCAAAUCGAGCGCUUGUUCAACUCCCUUGUCACCCGAAGACCGACGCAACGACGCCCGCGCAGCCAAAGCCAGCCACAAGUCAUCCUUGCGACACGGCACAUGUGAUCUGGACGUCCCCCACCCCCUUACGGACCUCGCGAGGUGCUUCAACGACAGAAAAUCUGACCAUCGGCAAGCGAUCUCAAGUGGCACCGAAUGCCACCGUCCCCCCUACACCAGCCCAGAACGCAUCGCAAUGCUGUAUUGCAGGCCACGCCGCUGCGAAUGGUGAAGACUGUUUCAUCGAGAGCGAAAUUCGAAGGAAGUACCUCGAAUUGGAUGCGUACCUCCAAUCCACGACCCAAGAUGAAGUCCCACCGGUCCGAAGUGAUUACGCACCAUGCGCCACGGCCCAUACCCAGUCGAAACCCAAAGCCGAUCCGCACUACACCACAUUCCUCAGCCGCCAAGCCAGCGCCAGUCGUGUUUUGGGUCAUAUGACUCCGUACGCCACUUUGACCGGCCCACAUUUGUCCCCCACCUCGACCCACGCCGCACCAGCGUCCACCGCCACCAAGCCGACAACAAACCCCCUCCCAAACACUGAUAACGAGGGCCAUCGAGAAGACCCCCCCCCGCCCAGCUGA